UGAUGCUCAAGGUUCCGUUGAGAUUUCGUCGUCAUUGACAUACCCAACGCACUUGACGCAUGAGUUACACUAGUGAAAUUAACCAAGGCAUUGAUGGUAGUCGGUAGCUAAGAAUACCGGCUGUAUAGCCUUCACGGGCGACGGGCCAAGGCUGUCCUUUCACACGCGCCCUCUCUCUCAUGUCGUCUUUCACCGAGCUCGAAGAGUCAUCAGUCGUAUGGCGUAGUCGGGUGUUGAUUUCGGCAGCGGUGGUUUUCUUCGACGAUUUCCUGUUGACGCUCCCAAGAGAAGUGCUGCUCUUCAGCAAGUGCAGCAAUUUGAGCUGCCCGUGCGCGGUCAGGAGACCGCGGGGACGAAGAUGGGUGCCGUGUCCCGCACGUACUUUGAGCGUUACGGGUCCGAGAGGAACACGAAGGGGUUGUAUUCGACUGAUGGAGAUGAGGGCUUGGGCGCGGAUUUUGGAACGACGAUCAUACGACCGGGGAUAGUGAAGUCCAUUUGCCUGAUGUAUCGUCGUAU